AUGAAGGAAGCAUAUGCCAAAGUUUCAAACCUAGCAUCGAAGAACGCCUCGCGAGGUAAAAAGCAGUACGACAGGAAAGUCCGAUCGACAGUUCUUCAACCUGGAGACCGGAUUUUAGUACGGAAUUUGACACCAAGAGGAGGCCCGGGGAAGUUGCGGUCUUUCUGGGAGAAUGAGGUACACGUUGUAUUAUCAACGAAAGGCCCAGACAGCCCGGUAUAUAACGUCCAAUCGGAGUCCAAGAAGAAACCUCGUACGUUACAUUGUAAUAUGCUACUUGCCUGUGACUAUUUGUCUACCAAAUUGGCCGUGACAGCGCCUAGACAACGUCGCGACCAGGAUCGUUUAUCUACUCGUAAUACAUCUAUUGAUGACAAUUCAUCAGAUGACGAGGGAGAGUACCUUUCAGUUUCAUACCGCAUGCCAUUAACUGUCCACUCGAAGCACGAUUUAUAUCCGAUGGAGAACAAUCGCUGGAGCUACAAGUGCAGGUCGAGGACAACGUAUGAGAGUGGUAAUAUCCUACCCACUGAGGACGAACCUGAGGAACCUUUCGAGAUACAAGGAGAAACAAUGAAGAAAUUUCGGAACAGCUGA